CCCGGAGAGUUUUGAAUUCAGUCUGUGGCCCCAGACGCUGCCGCCGCCAUGCUGCUGAGUUGAGAGACAGCGACGAACCAAAGUUUUAUUUUUGCCAAGCUGCUGCCGCAUUUUGUCUUCACCAAUAAAAAAAAGGGACGCCUUCCACACAAUCUAGGUUGCUGCGUUGGAGCUGAGCCUCACUCACCUGUUUCCAACUGUGUGAAGAAAAGUGCAAAGAAGAUUUAAUGAAUCAGUAUUCGCUAGCCGACGCUAUGACCGACAAGGGAAACUUCACAGUUCCAAAGCUUUCAGAGUCCAAUAUGGGAUUUGGAGUGCUAGGAGUUUUUCUGGGGCUCCUCCUGGAGGUUUCAACCCACGGACCACACAGUGUUCCUCGAACUUCCUGGAAACGCCAAGAUUUGGACCUCAUGGAGUUUUCAGAGCCUGGCAUCUUUAACUAUUCGACGCUACUGCUGAGUGAGGAAAGAGGUGCUCUGUAUGUGGGAGCAAGGGACGCCAUUUUUGAGCUCAACAAGAGGAAUGUGACGGUCAGGAACCAAAAGGUUCAGUGGAAAGUUGCAGAACAUCCCAUGGAGAUGUGCACACGUAAAGGAAAAUCAAGAGAGAGGGACUGCCCCAACUACAUUCGAGUGCUCCAGAUAGUGGAUGACAAGCGGCUUUACAUCUGUGGCACACAUGCUUUCCAGCCUCAGUGUGAUUACUUGAAUCUUGCAGACUUUUCUUUAGAGGGUCGACCUGAAGAUGGCAGAGGAAAGUGUUCGUUUGACCCUUCGCAGAGCUUUACCACCGUCAUGGUCGAUGGAGACCUCUAUUCUGGGACAGCUUAUAACUUCUUAGGCAGUGAACCGAUUAUUUCCAGAUAUUCCCCAUCCCAUUCCCUGCUGAGGACAGAGUACUCUACAUCAUGGCUCAAUGAGCCCAGCUUCGUCUUUGCAGAUGUGAUCAGGGCCGAGAAGCACAGAGGAGACGGCGAGGACGACAAAGUCUACUACUUCUUCACCGAAGUGUCAGUGGAGUACGAGUUCUUUGGCAAGCUGCUCAUUCCCAGGGUGGCUCGCGUCUGUAAGGGUGACCUUGGAGGAGAGCGUACUCUGCAGAAGAAAUGGACCUCCUUUCUGAAAGCCAAGCUGGUGUGCUCCAUGCCAGAGCUCAACUUUGUUUUCAAUGUGGUCCAUGAUGUUUUCAUCCUGAAGGGGAGAGACUGGAGAGACACAGUCUUCUAUGGUGUCUUCACUUCUCAGUGGGGAAAUGUGGGUUUGUCAGCGGUGUGUGCCUACAACAUGGCAGCUGUGGAGGAAGUCUUCUCUAAGGGGAAGUAUAUGCAGAAGGCCACAGUGGAGCAGUCCCACACAAAGUGGGUGCGGUAUAACGGCAUCCCUCCUUCUCCCCGUCCUGGUGCAUGUAUUAGCAACCAACUGCGUCAAAAAAACAUCAGCAGCUCACUCCACCUUCCGGACAAAACCCUUCAGUUUGUCCGGGACCACCCGCUGCUGGAGGACCCUGUCCUGCCCAUCGGCAACGGACCUCGACUCAUCACCAAGGACGUCAACUACACUCAGAUUGUAGUAGAGAGGGUCCAUGCUCUUGAUGGGAACAUUUAUGAUGUAAUCUUCACCGGAACAGAUAAAGGUGUCCUACACAAGUCUGUGGUGUUCGAGGAAGAUGUCCAUAUUGUGGAGGAGAUCCAGCUCCUGAAGAACUCUGAACCCAUAAAAAACUUGCUGCUGUCUUCAGAGACACAGUCAGUGUAUGCUGGGUCGGACUCUGGCGUCAUUCAGUCCCCCACAGCUUUCUGUGGAAAGUAUUCUACGUGUGACGACUGUGUCCUGGCUCGAGACCCCUACUGCGCCUGGGACCCCAACACAGCCGCCUGUGUCUGCAUCCUUGAUGCUCCAAAGGAGCAGCUCAGGAGACUUGUCCAGAGUCUGAGCGGUGAUGCAAACAAGUGUCCUCCAGUGUCUUCGGUGUCUUUCAAGGACUAUCAGAAAGUAUUAGUGAAACCGGGCAGCUCUGCUGAGCUUCCCUGUGUGGUGAAGUCCAACCUGGCUCAUGUGAUGUGGAAAUCAAACGACACUCUUCUCGACGAGGCCUCUCGUUUCCACUUCAUCGGUGAAAACGGGCUCCUCAUUUACAGCGUGGCCCCCGAGGAUCAGGGUGAAUACCAGUGCUGGUCUGUGGAAUGGGCUCCUGCUGCUGGGAAGAACUUUAGCCGCCUUCUUGCUGGAUACACAUUGAAGCUGGAUCUUCCUCCCGGACCCGCUGCCCGGACAAACCGUGUGGCCACCACAGUCCACAACCAGGAGACGAGUAGCGUGCUUCCAGCUGAAGCCUCCUCUAUCGACUCCUCAUCUUCUCUGUCAUCCUCUGGAAGUAGCUCUUGCUCUUCCCUCCCUUCCUCCUCUUCUCCCGCCAAGCCCCACUGCGUGGAGGCUCGGGAGGCAGAGGUAAAACUGUUGCCUCCUCUGCUGAAGGACCAGGCCUGGGGAGUUCACGCCCAGGAGGCCUUCCUGCUCUUCUGCCUCGCUCUGGGUCCAAGCGACAUCCAUAUUCAUUGGCUAAUAAAUGGGUACAGUGUGGACACCCCAGUAAUGGAGUACCGAAGGCCACUGGGCCAGAGGGAGGUGCUGGUGAGCAGCUGGCUUAGAGGGGGGCCGCUGAUCAAGGAAGCCCGUUAUCGCUGUGUUGCUGAAGCCAGCACAGGAAGUGACACAUCUGACAUUGACCUCCAUCUCACUACCGGAGAUGAAAACAUUCCAUCCAGGGAUCUGAACCAAUGGAGAGGUGCGCUUACAGAGCAUGAGCAGCUGCUGAAAAGAUGGGAAAAAGCCUGGGAAAGUUGUGAUGGCCACACAACUGGGUGAGCACGUGUUCAUUCUGGUUGUGGACUGGCCUCUCAGUCCAGCUGGACCACUCCUCUGACACUGAACAUUUCACAAACACAAGUAAAAUGUUUCAGUGUCACCACUUACAUGAGAGUUUGAUGGACCAUGACAUGAAGAAUUCACAGCUCUCACAUGGCUGCUGUGAUGGUUUUUGGACUCCCUCCAAACUGGAAGGAUUGGAGUCAGCCCACUGACUCCUUCAGUCUAAGAAAGCUUGUACUGGAUUUGUUGCUGUAUUCACAGUAUAAGACUGCCAUUUUGAAGUAGUGCUUGUGGGGAAACGGCAAAUGUCUUUGUGAAGUUUAUCAGAUUCUGUGGGUCAGUGUCUCUGUUAAACCCAGUUAUAGUGUGAUGAUAUUCAAAGUUUUGCCUCUUAACUUCCUUAAAGAACCAGUUUCACUCCUUAAGGCUAUCUUACAGAAUUUUUACUUAAAAUAUACUAAGUUAUUCAAGCCUCAACUAGGAUCAAACUGAGAUAAGAAAUUUGCUAUCUAUGGUCAUACUUUUAUUGCCAGUAUGUCUUAUGCUUAAGCUAGCUUAAUUAUUUACUUGAAUCAAACAAUACUUUAUUAUAAUAUUCACAAUACCAACACAAAGGUAAACAUUCAACUGCCAAAGUUCAGUGUAUUUUGGCACACACUGAAAAGUUUACCACUUAUUGAUUUUUAAAAGAAACGUAUGGUUUUAGUCUUGAAAUAAAUUGUUUUAUUCCUGUCUGAUUUGUAUUGAAUAGAUCAUGUUUCUGGUUUUCAGAAAUACUGAAAACCAGUAUUUCUGUAAAAACCCAACGAAGUUAGUUUUUACCUUAGAACAAAACACUGAAUGGGGUAUACAUACUAUUGCAAGGCACCUUAGGCACAAGGCUAUCUAAACUUUAUUAUACAGUACUUUAAUAGUUUUCUUAGGCAUGUUUUGGAUAAGUCCUGAGGGGGUCUGGAUUUUUUUUUUACCUCACUGAGCAGAUUUAUGUUAUGUAAUUAACACUAAUGCUUCUUUAGUAGUCAUGAUUUUAUAAUAUAAUCUAUCAAAGUAGGGUUUUUUUUAAAAAGAGAAACUUUUACUUGUAAUUAUGCACUGAAAUAUUGCAACAGUGGCACUUAUUUGAAUGAAUCCUGCAGCUCGGCAAGUUCCAACUCUGCUGAAUCACAGCGUACCACAUCAGCAUUUUCCACAAAAAGCAUUUUCUUCCACCUGAAUAAUUUAUUACCCAAGGACUUCUUCUUGUAGAUCUAUUACAGCAUUGGAACAGGACAACUGUUUCCCAGAAUCUAAUUGUCAAAACAGAUGCUGAUUAUUAAAGAAAUGGAUUAUAGAUUUAAAGAAUGAUGACUAUUCCGUAAGGGGAAAAUACUUUGUGGUGAGGCUUUAUUGUUGUUUUUCACAUUAGAAACUUUGCAUUGAGCUAAAGUGCAUCUGGGCAAAAGAAAUGCAGUUGACCUGGACAAUACUUCUGCACAAGUUGCUGUUUAAGAUGUUUCCAUUUGAAUUUUAAACAAGAUAAUAGCACCCUCUUGUGCCCAAAAAAGGGGGAAAAUGCUGUAAGCAAAGAAAACAUGGAAAAACUGAAACUGUAUGACAGCAGCACAAUUCUUUAAGCAGUCAUCUAGAGAGUUCACAUACAAGUAUUUAGCUACACAGCAACCUUUCCACUGGUCAUGUGGGCUGUCACGUGUUCCAUUCCAAUAUUUAUUUACGUCCAAAUUGCUUCUUGAUAAACAUUCUAAGUCAGCUUUUUUCCUUCUGGCUGAAUGAGGCAAUUGUUGCUAAUUGCAAGUCCCUGAAACACGAGGAAAAUUACAAAGAAUAUUUAUCUUUAACUGUUUAAGCAGCGACAUGGUAACUAUCACUCACAGUACGACUUCCCAAUGAGAAGUGGUAGGAUUGGGUCAGUGUUUUGGUAGAGGUCUUCUAAAUAGUAGGAUAUGAGGCUCUGAAAGAGAAUUUGAUGAAAACUUCACAUAACUAGGUAACAGUACAAUUAAUUUCUACCGUUAUUUUACAAAAAAAAGCUUUUUCCAGUUCCAAGGUAGGCCAACCUUAAACUGUUUUGUUCACGUACCUGGUUCGUGUAUCAUGUAGUGGAUCCAACUUUUGGACUGCUGCACUCCCAGCUGUCUCCACUCAUCUUCAGACAUCAAGUGGGAUUUUGGGACAUACUUAGCCAUUUCCCGAGGUAGAACGACAUGCCUCAGCAAGAGAAAAAAAAAGACUAUUACUUUUAAUAAAACAACUAAUUUCCUUAAUGUCAUGACAAGUAACAAAAAAUUAUUUUAUACAAAUCUCUCCAGUCUGAGAACUUGGAUAUAUUAUAUUUUAAGACAAUUUUUUCAACCCCAAUAAGACUUGGGGUUGAAUUAGAAAAGAAAUACAUAUACACAGACAUAUAUAUAUAUGUGUGUGUGUAUACAAUGUAUACAUUGAGCAGAAUGUGCAUUUAUAUAUAUGCACAUUCUCCUCCAUGUCUAUUUGGCAAAGUUGCACAUUCUUUCCAGUCAACACAACCCCUGGAAAAUAUUUAAACUCCAGACUUUUCUGGAAUUUUCCAGACUACAAACCAGCUGUAUCAAGAUGAAAUAGUCAUUACUGCUACCUCAGAAACAUAAAUACGUAGGUAUCUUUAGGACUGUCCUGUAAAGACUACAGAGAAACUUGUGCCCAUAUAUCCAGAAUAGAUAAGACCUGAAAAAACUCUGCAGCUUUUCCACAGGUCUCCAAUGAGUACGACUAAAAGAUUAAUGAGAUGCAGCUGUGCACGACGAUGAUUUCAGGAACCCCAAGGACUCCUGAAAUCUAAUUUUCAUUGUAUGAAAAUUAUAUAAGGUGUACAUUAAGUCAAGUUGUAAACGCCCCAAAACACACAAUUGCCCCAUUAAUGUGGCACACCGGUCACCGUUUUAGAAGCGGUACAGGUGAGUUAAAAAAAAAAUAGACAUUUUGAACAGUUAAACGUGUUUCUUAAUAGAAUAUCACUUGGUUGUUUUCUUUACUGACAGUAAACAGGCUGAGAGAGAUGGCUGCUCACCUGUAUUCGUACUGGUCGUCACUGUACCUGUUCGAGUAAUAAAUCUGGCUUCGAGACAUAUUUCCAGUGAGGAUAAACAAGAAAAGUUUGUAAUCAAACGCUCGUUACAGAACAACACUUCAGUUGAGGUUUUGGUCUCUCGCGUAAAUUGCAUCGACGCGGUGUUUGGACGGUGCAUGUCACGUGACCAAGAACUUUGUUUCCAUCAAUCAACCGGGCGCAGGUGAGGGUGUUUUUACAAAUGUGGAAUUUUAUGCUGAUAAUGACAGUUGGGGGGGUUGUAUUAUAAUAUCAAAUACUGUUUGGUGUGCUUAGUCUUAAAUACGAGUUUUUUCCUUUGCUGUUUAACAUUUUAUCUUCACUGUGUUGCAAUAUAUCGCAGACAUUUUGGCUUCACAAGCAGAGACAAAAACAGCUUUUCUGCGGCGCUGGUGUAAGAGGAUGGAUUUUGUCCUGUAGUGAGACUCUUAUGUUUAAAGCGGAUACAGUAACUUGCAAAUACUACUGAGUCUGAUACCCAUAUUCUGGUGCCAUCAUUGACAGUUAGGCUGCUACCUAAUGGGUAGCUAGUUAUCCAUUAGGUAGCUUAGUCCACCUGUGUGUUAAUUUCAUCCCAGUAUAAAUCCGGAACCACACCAGAGAGGUCAAAAAUACAGUAGAAGAAAAGAAGACACCAUCUACUGAUACAAGAUGAUGAUGAUGAUGGCAGCAUCAUGCUGUGGUAAUGUUAUCUUUUAGCAGGGACAGGCAAACUGGUCAGAGCAGAGGGAAAAAUUAAUGGUGAUUCUUAUAGUUAAGUCCUAGUAGAAAACAUCUAAAACACAUCUGGAGGAAUGAGUGUUGUGAGCACAAGUCUAGCACCACAUGUUGAUGUGCCAUUGGGCAAUUAAACCACUUGGCUGUGACUCUGUGAAAAUAAUGCAUGAAUAUAUAAGUGCAGUGAGUUUGGCUGGGUGAAAGAGAUGCGUUGUGUAAGUGUGCUUUGAGUAUCGUGACUAGACAUAUAAGCUGUUGUCAAUGAAACUUCAGCAGUUUUAACGUAUUUGUUUAACAUAUUACAUUACAUGCGACAAAAAUGACCCAAUCAAAGUCCACACUAAAUCGUGACGAGACUUGAACAUUUAUGCUCACAGACACUCCAUAGUGAGUCCUGCGCAACUUAAAGAAUUUUCAGUACAAUACACCCAACAGCAUGUCGUGUAUGUGAUUUAUUUUCUUUUUCUUUUUUAUUUAUUUAUUUUUGCACUAAAAUUGUGACCGUUCUUUUUAGUUUAUUCAGAAAAGUUCUGAUAGCAUUAAUAUAGACCUAAAGAUAGAUUGAGCAAAGUGUUGUCUGCAGAUGAAGACAAUAUUGGGUCAAGCACUAAAUGCAUCUGAAAAUCCUUAAAACCCAUGCUGGUUUAUGAGAAAGACGAUGUCAAAAUAAAUUUACCAAAUAUUUGACCUGAAGUGUUACACAAUGUUGUGGUAGCGGUGGUGUAAUCUCUGAAAGUGGUGCUAAAGUUGGCUUUUGUGGCAGCAAUUCUUCAAUAUGUAUAUUUUCCUAGUAGUGCAGACUUGUAUCUUCAUUAACAAUAAAGUAGUUCACCCUUUAUUUACCAGAA